CGGGCUACCAGAUACCCAUGACAGUGCAGCAGCUUUCAGUCACCAGAGUGAACAUUUUACCUUUACCAGUUCAGCUAAUUGCUUGUUGAGGAGUGACUUGAGCUUGCUUGCAAUGUAAACUUGAUGUUUACGAUAUACUAGGUCCUGAACAUAUAGUUCUGCAGUAUCCUAUGGAAGCAUGGAGGAAUUUCACACUGGAUAGACUUUCUAAGCCCCUUCUAGAGAUUGGUAGCUUCAGAAUUAGAAUCCACCAGGCAAACUAAAAAAGGAAAAAAAACUUAAAAAAAAAAUACCAAAGGAAACCCCAAACAUCAAUACCAAGAAUACAAAACCCAAUCCUCUGAAGCCGCCUGGCUGUGUUUCGGCUUCGCUGCCGGCAGGUGGACUCUGAAAGGCCUUAUAGAAGUGGUGCUUCCUGCGGAGGCGGCAGAAGAACAAAGCUCGUGGUGCUGCCUUUUCUCCUCCUUGCCCCACUCUGCUAAACCGUGGCCUCCAAUUCCCCAACACCGCCCAGGGGAGCAAGAUGAAGUGGAGGAGGAUUGUUAGCUUUGCUCUCCUGCAGGCACUGCUCCCAAUUACAGGUGCUGUGCCCGUUCUUGGACUGACAGACCCAAGACUCUGCUACUUGCUGGAUGGAUUCUUCUUCAUUUACGCAGUCAUCAUGACAGCUCUUUUUGUGAAAGCUAAGCUCAGCCGAGCCGCCGAGCCGCAGCUGCAGCCCGACCCCAGUGAUGUGUAUAACAAACUGUCUCGUGGUCAUAGGGAUGAAUAUGAUGUUCUCGGGGUGAAGAGAGGUGCAGACCCCGAGAUGGGUGGGAGACACCAGCAGAGACGACCAGCGCCGCCGGACACCGUCUACACUUCACUGCAGAAGGACAAGAUGGGCGAGGCGUACAGCGAGAUUGGAAAGAAGGGAGAGCAGAGGCGGCGAGGCAAAGGGAACGAUGCUGUUUACCAGGGGCUCUGUGCAGCAACCAAGGACACGUACGAUGCCCUCCAGAUGCAGCCUUUGCCCCCGCGCUAAGUGGGAGGCACGGAGGGGAUGGGCAGAGGUGAGAGAUGCCCCCCUGCCUUGGGGAAG